GCUCGUCUGACCCCGGUUCUGUCCAGCUCUGAGACUUUUUUUUUUGUGGAUGCUCUAAUAUCUGAUUCCUCACGGCUCUGGUACUUUGUUGCUUGCUACCUGUGGAGGUUCCCUGGUCCCUUCUGGUUCAUCCGCAGCCCCACUGAGAGGCACCAUGCUGGGAGUGGAUGUGUGUGAGUUUGGGGGUCAGAUGCUGGAGCUGCUGUGGCUGACUAUGUGCUACAGAGGUCUGGUCGCGGACAAGAAGGAUUUAGCCAUCGAGGAGGAAGUGGACGAGAGAAACCUCAACUAUAAUCCUCCGGCUCAGAAGACCCUGCAGGAGAUCCAGGACCUGGACAAGGACGAUGAGAGUCUGGUCAAGUACAAGCAGACCCUGCUGGGGAAGGGACCACUUGCUGGAGACGUCUCUGGGCCGAAUGUCUGUGUGACCAGGAUGACCCUGUUAUGUGACCAGGCUCCUGGACCCAUCACCAUGGACCUGACAGGAGACCUGAACUCUCUGAAGGAGAAGAACUUCUCUGUGCAGGAAGGAGCGAGAUACAGACUAAAGAUUCACUUUAAGGUGAACCAAGAAAUUGUUGCUGGCUUGAGGUACCAUCAUGUGACCUCAAGAAAAGGAGUAAAAGUGGACAAGGUGACGUACAUGGUGGGAAGUUACGGCCCGAAGACAGGGGAGUACGAGUAUCUCACCCCGGCUGAGGAAGCACCCAAAGGCCUGAUGUCACGUGGCCACUAUCAGAUCAAGUCCCACUUCAUCGACGACGACAAGAACGUCUUCUUGUCCUGGGAGUGGAACCUGGACAUCCUAAAGGACUGGAACGAAUAGAUGGGGAGAGAGAGAGAGAGGAGGAUGAUACUGCUCUCCUCCCUCCUCUAACUCCUACUCUUCACCUCCCUCUUUUCAUUACACCGCCCAAAACUGGAGGCUCUACCUCUGCCUCUUCCUCCCUGUUCU